AGUCUUUCUUAGCAGUCCGAGCGUGAGAGCCUAGUCUAGCGAACAAGUCCCAGCGCUCAAGGAUGAAAAGGACAAUUUCGGUGUUGAUCAUUGGCGGGGGUCCAACAGGCUUGGGUGCAGCUUACCAAGCGCACAGGACGAACAUGAACGACUGGCUCCUCGUCGACGCCCUAGAUGGCCCUGGUGGCAUGGCACGUACCGAAAAGGAUGACGAGGGCUUCCUCUGGGAUCUUGGUGGUCACGUCAUCCACUCGCACUUCUCUUCGUUCGAUCAGGCUCUGUCCAUCCACAAGGACUGGCAGAGUCCCGCGAGGGGUGGCUGGGUUCGUGUUAACGAGCAGUGGUGCCCGACUCCUAUACAACAGAGCCUGGGAAACCUUUCCGAGGGACUCAAGAUCCAACAAGAGCUUUCGAUGAUGGCCGGCAGCAGUGAGCACAACCAAGAGCAGAACAAGGAAAAUUGCUACGGCGACAACAGCGACAGUUUAUCCGAAUAUUUCAGCCGAUCCUUUGGCCCAACUUUGAACAGAGUCUUCUUCACACCUUUCAACAAAAAGCAGUGGGCAUGGCCCCUCGAGGAUUUGACCUCGGAUUGGACCAAUCUCCGAUCAGGCUCCAAGUUGGCAAAUGUCCCCGAGCCCGCCAGAACGCUCGAGGUUAAGACUGCGCCGCAGGACAUUUCCAUGUUUCCCUAUCCACGCUUCGGCACAGGCUCUCUGUGGAACAGCAUAUCUCGCUCCCUUCCGUCCGAGCGGCAAAUUUAUGGGGUCAGCGUUAUAGCUUUGGACCCCGAACGCCGAGUAGCCAUGCUCUCGACUGGAGAAGAGAUUCAUUUCUCCAGGUGCGUAAGUACCAUUCCCCUCAAGUCGCUUCUUCAUCUCGCCGGCGUCGGCGGUGGUGACGAGCUCAAACACUCCUCGACGACGGCCAUCGGUCUAGGCUUUCAAGGCCCGCUGCCAAAGGUCCUUGAGGCAAAGACAUGGAUCUUUGCUGCCGACGAGAAUGUGGCCUUUCACCGUGCCACGAUCCCCACCAACUUCUCCGCCUCCAUGUCGGGCCCAGGAAGGUGGAACAUCCUGUUCGAGACUUCGAUGUCGCAGCAUAGGCGUCUGAAGCAGGCGACGAGGGAGGAAUUAGUCCAAGAUCACUUGCAGCAGCUUAGGGAAUGGGACGCCAUUGGGCUCGACGAAGAGCCCGUGUCGGUGUACUACAGACACCUUGACUUUGGCUAUCCCCUUCCCUUCAGAGGAAGAGACGCGAUUUUAGAUGGCCGUCAUACCGGUGGCGAGGACGAAGGUGGCCUGUUGACAAAGCUAGAGCGGCAGGGAAUAGUGUCACGAGGCCGAUUUGGUGGAUGGCGCUACGAGUCAUCGAACCAAGAUUACGCCUUCCAACAAGGGAUCGAAGCAAUCGACUUUGUCAACGAAGGAGUGCCUGAGAAGACUUAUUGGCCCGGUCGCACAGCAGCAUCGCUACCAUAGAGGCACUGAAGCUGCCGCACACUCUACAUGUAUCAGUAUGAUCACCGCAUUGCGAAGUUGGUUCACUCGGCACAAUUCGUGUACAGACGCGCGCUGCUUGUCGUCCUUUCUCACCUUUGUAUUUCCUUCUGUCAUACCGGCGUCACAGCCCUACAAGGUCAAUCUGCCCUGCCAUCAAAGUCGGGCGCGGUUGCCCGCGAUGCAAGCAAAUCUC